GUUGGGGGUGGGGCACAGUUAGCCGGAACUGGGCGAUCAUAACACCCACUUACUCCAAAUUCCAUCCAUGUGUGGGGCAGAGGAGCCGGUCCUGAGCUGCUAGCCAUGCAUUAACCCCCAGACCUGCAAUGCCCAACACCAUGGAGACCCACCCCAUGAGCCUGGACGGGAGUGAAAAGUCCCCUGAAUCCAAGGAUUUGAUCACUAGCAACACGGCCAGCACGCUGUGCAUCAGCUCCAGGAGUGAGUCCGUCUGGACCAACACGCCCAGGAACAAGUGGGAGAUCUACCACAAGCCCAUCGUGGUGGUUUCUGUCGGAGGCGCCAUCUUCCUCUUUGGAGUGGUGGUUACCAGCCUGUCCUGCUUCAUAGAGACCAAUAAAAAUGUUUACAAAAUGUGCGGCCCGGCUUUCCUGUCCCUGGGGCUGAUGCUUCUGGUUUGCGGCUUUGUCUGGAUCCCCGUCAUCCGGAAGAAGCAGCGGCAGAGACAGAAGUCACACUUCUUUCAGAACAUCAAGUCAUUCUUCUUUAACCGCUGAGGGCUGCUCAGGCUCAGCGCUCACGGGUGGCAAGUAAUGCCUCUUUCAGCCUGGCUGGAUUUGCCAUGAGAUUAUUAGGGCCUGAUCCUGCUCUCAGACAGGCCUAGUGGAUCCCCAACUUUGACCUUCUCCUCUCCCCAUAGGUGAAAUUCACCCCCCUGCAGGUCCUCUGUGGGCAGGUAAACUUCACACUAUGUGCUAGGAGAGCAGAAUACUGGCAUUGAGACAAGCAGGUUGGGCUCAAGCCCUAGAUUUUGCUCUUGACUGUAUAUUGAGCAAACCUGCAAACAUUGACCGUGUCUUAUAGAGGACAAAGCUUUGAACUGCUUUCAUCAACACCCGGCACCUGUACUGCUGAACACCUGUCUGGGAUGGUCUACAUGUACUUGGCCUGCCUCAGCCCCGGGGGCUGGACUUUCAAGAUCCCUUCCAGCUCUACAUUUCUAUGAAUGGGAUUUCACUAGAAAAUGUAAACCUUUACUCGGAUGACUCUUACUCAUGAAAGCAGUCCCAUGGAUUUGAAUGCCACUAUUUGUGUGAGUAAGAGUCACAGGACAGGUCUGACAGGGUAUAGCUGAAAGGAUUUCAGCUGUUCAGGAUGUGCUGUGUUAAUAUCUGUGUUAAUAUCUGUCUGGGGAUUGGUCCUGCUUUGAGCAGGGUGUUGGACUAGAUGACCUCCUGAGGGCCCUUCCAACUCUGAUAUUCUAUGAUUCAAUAGAGGAAACAGGGCUACACUAGGAAGGGAUUGGAUUGUUUUCCAUAGCCAUAUGGCUACUACCCCUCUCUUGCUAAGAUGACCAAGCACAACACUACAGAUAUAGACGAUCCACAGUGCCAGGAUAUGUCAAUGGGAUUUGGAGGAGACAGUGCAUUCAGAAUGCUCUGCAAGAGCAAACAGAAUCAUUUCUUUCUAGCCAACUGUGCAUUGGACCUCAGAGGAUACAUCCAGAAUGAUACACAUGCAAGAUCCACAGCUGAGAAUGAAAGGACUUAGAUGGGGAUGUGUAUGAAGUUCAUCUCAUAAUUGUCACUAUGAAACGAGCGUCUGUGUGCAAUGCUACUCCAAAGCUUACUCACGACUUUCUGGUGAAGUGUGGGGUGAUAUUUAAUUCUACCUAAACAGCCAAGUUGAAGAGCAACUGAGCAUCAGAAGUAGCAUUUCUCUGUUCAAUUUUACAGACUAUCUUUAAAAAAUUUCAUUCCUCAAGGUCUCUGGAUGCAAGGCUGUAUUGCACCAACUGCAUAUUUAUCUCGGUUUGGAGUGAUUGUCUCUGUCAUGAUGGAUUCCAGCACAGCAGAAAUCUCAAACAUUCCACCUGGGCGGAACAAGAGCAAAUGUAAAUGAGAUGCCUUGUUUAACUCAAGUCUAUUGAACUCCUAUUGUUAAUAAUGAUGUACCCUGGGAAAUUUACCUACAAAAGCAGGAAUCGUUCCCAAAUAUUUUUGGUUAAUAUUGUAGUUGCCUUUUUUCAAUGGGGCCCAGAGUUAGUUUAAAAAUCCAUGUAAAUACAGCUUCCCAACUGCAAAUCCAACUGUGCAAUUGGUGUUUGGUUUGGAUACUAGGGACAAGAUUUUUACAAAUAGUCGCCUAGUUUGUAGUUAGGCACCUACAUAAAUUGCCUGAUUUUCAAAGCAGCUGAGCUGCUGUUGACUCCACUGAAGUCAAUGGGAGCUGAGAAGACUCAGCGACCACAAUCAGAUUGUGUCUCUGGUUAGCCUCAUUCUUAGCACUGAGUAAACCAAUACCUGCAUGUAGACCCUCCUUUUCCCAUGUCAGGACAUGGCCAUGCACCGACGCCUCUAGCUUUGGUGAGGUUGCAUUGUAACAGCCCCGGAUGGUUUCUGACGUAGAUCAGCACUCAUCAGAGACCAAAUGGCAGCAAUGCAUGGAAAGGGCACAGUCUGGCUCGUCUUUGCAACCAGAAUCCUCCUCACUGAGCCAAAUGCAGCCAUUCAGCCUGGAUGGCAAGUCGAAUUCCUUAGGAGAAAGAGGAAGGAAAGUCUGUGUGGCGUUGGUUGUGUUUUGCAGAACCCCUCUAAUCUUCACAAAGCUUAACGAUUUUGUUUCAAACAUCAGAAGUGAUCAGACUACUGCCACUCCUGGUGAUCCAAACAAUCCCUUCCGACCUUCAAAUCUGAGGGGCAAACCCUUAGCUGCUGCAUGUUGUCAUAAUGCCAUUGAGGAUCCUGUGACUAGGCCGCUAGCCUAGGGCUUUGCAGACUGAGAUCCAAUUCUCUUCUCUGCUACAAACUUCCUUAUGCAGCCUUGGGCAAGAUACUCAGCCUCUCAUGCCUCAGUUCUCCUCCUGCCCUACCUCACAAGGGGGUUGGGAGGAUAAAUACUGUGAAGAUUGUGACACACUUUUGAGAUCUCCUGGUGAAAAGCACCAUAUAAGAGCCAGGUAUUAUUACAAGGCGAUGGAGUGAUCAGAAGUGACACCAGUCCCUGCGAACAGCCUGCGUUUCCCUGGCCCAGCUGCAGAGCAGGACUGCUGCUUGAGAAGCUGACGCACUUGUUCCCUGCUGACGAAAUGAAGGGAUCUUAAGCUGGAGAAGAGACUGGAGUGUCAAUUAGAAGAUCACAUUGGGUUCAGUGCAGCCCUGUCACAAUGCGUGGCGUUCUGCACUCACAAAGACAGCUUCCCAUUGAGUCUGGGGCAGGGGGCUGAGAUCAGACCAUACUGAGUGUUUCUUGCACUAACCGCAUUUGUAGCUCUACUUUCUUUCCUGGUAAUGACAGUUUUCUAAUUACCCUGUGGAACAUACAAGUCCAUUGGGCUUGUUACUAAACUGAGCUGAGAGGAGAGUCUCUUUCAGAGCUCUGUACCUACCACAAUGCUGAUAGAGCUAAGCCAGCCAGGCCUGCUUCCAAAGCAAUUUGACCAAAAAAUAAAUCCAGAUGCCACAACACAAAAGUUCCUUCCGUGGACACCAGCACCUGGUGCAUGGGUUUAGCCCAUAGCUGCAAAGGGAAGGAUCCAGCUGCAUUAACAUUAAUGUACUGAAAUUCACCCUCUUGCAGCAAGUGCAGUGCUGGGGCUGGGCAGGGGUUCUGGGGCCUUAGGGUUAAUCGAUCCCGGAGAAUGGAGAAUGCUGCUCUGGUUUGAGCCCUGGGGUUUCAUGUUAAUAGAGAAUGUGGGUCGCAGGUGUGGACAGGGGGCCCAAGAUUCAAGAUAAGAAAGUAUAUAGCCCUAGCUCUGGUGUUCAAUAUUCCAUGAGCAGAUCCCGAAGGAAUCCAAGCCAUUUCUUGGCUGGCAUGGAAAUGGUUAACUCCCACCCAUGUGCCCUGCCCCUCCCCCUUAAAUUUCAGCUCUAUGCCAAAGGAGAGCCUCUGGCAGGUUAACAUCCCUUAUACUCCAAGGUGCCUGGGACUCAGUACCUACAAGCAAACCCGCGGCUUUGCGCUUCUCUCCAAAUUCUCAGAGCCGAAUGCUCCACUUGACGUUCAUAGGUGCAGCUCCACUGACUUGAGUGGAGCUCUGCCCAUUUACACCAGGUGAGGAUCCAGCCCACGGACUCCGGCUCUGUCAGGGAGUCUCCUUGAGGAUAGUUUUGCCUGAAACAAAUGCAGCUCAGCCAGCUGCCCUUGACAGGUCAGAUGAGGUGAGGUACCCAAGAGGGUUGAGAUGCUCCCCAGGCUCAGAGCACUGCCUGCUAAAGGACUGUAGUGCCAUGCGUGCCAGACAUCCAACCCCAUCCUUAGCGCGGGCAGAGAGCUCGGCCGGCAGCUGAUUUACUGGCAUCCGACAUGUAUUCUGAAGUGGUUGGAUUGUCCAUAAAGGAGUCCCCACCCUUCCCCAGGGGAUGUGACAAGCUGAGGGUGGCUUCCUCUUAAAUCUCUCUCAUGCCUUGAUUUUACUCCUGUGCCUGCUAAUGCCUUGUUGGGGGGAUGGACAUGGCUCUGGCCAAACAGUGCCUAAUUUCCGAAUGCAAUGAAUAAAC